AUGGCGGAUUUCGAACCCAUCCAGCGCCGCAAAGUGCAGCCACGUCCAAAGGACGUGAUCAACCUCAAGUUGAUGACGCUGGGCGACGUCGGCGUGGGAAAGUCCACGCUGGUACACUCCUUUUGCGCGGACGGCGAUGUCGUGCUGGAAGCUGGAGAGCCGACGGUCGGUGCCGACUUCAAAGUGAAGAUGCUCAAGCAUGCCGGAAAAGACUUCCGCGUGAACAUCUGGGAUGCAAGCGGCGACCUCAAGUUCAUUGACGUGCGGAAUGAGUUUUACAAGGAAGCUCAGGGAGUCGUCUUGGUUUUCGACGUGACAUCCAAGCGGUCCUUCCAAAAUCUGGAGAAGUGGACGGACGAGGUGACGAGGUACGCUCAAGGCAGUGAGCCGAUCUACGCCGUGGUAGGUACAAAGACAGACCUCCAUCCGCGCCUGGUGCAAGAGCAGGUGGCACGGGACUGGGCCAAGAGCAGAGGGAUGCCUUACUUCGAAGCCUCCGGCGCUCAAGGGCGGAAUGUGGAGAUGGUGUUCAAAGAACUGGCAAGUCGGCUCUCGUGA